AUGAACGAAAUGGAGGUCCAGAACUCGGCGCGGCAGAUCCGGCAAGAGCGCGAGGAGUCCAGAGCACGGCUGAAGCAAGAGCGAGAGCAGAUUGAGAAGGAGGUGCUACAAGGCCGGCGGCGUUUCCUGCUUGAGCGGGAGAAGUUCCGCAUGGAGUACGAGGCUGCGGAGAAGGAGCGGCAGAGGAUCUCUGAGCACAACGUGGCCACGGAGACCAUGGUGGAUAUCAAUGUGGGCGGCGUGAUUUUCGAGGAGUCGCCCUCAGCUUCUUGA